AGCUGUUGCAAGGUAUUUGGAAUAAUAAUAAACAAAUAAACUUCAAUAAUGUAUUUUAACAAAUCCAUUGAAUAUCUAUUAAUAUUUUUAUUAACAAAAUAAAAAACAUUGGUGUAAUAAUUAUUCAAAAAUAUAUUUUUAAAAAGUUUAUUUUAUUUUCAUUCUACAAAUUAUAUAUAUAUUGUCUAAUGUUUUAAAGGCAAAACAAAAGUUGGAGGAGAAAAAACACGAUGGUAAUUUCGACAGUUUAUUUUAGUUUCUGUUUAACAUUACAAAGAUAUCACUCGUGCCAGCAAACACGUAGAAAACCACCUUGGUGAUUUUGAAAAUAAAUAAAGAAAUAAUAUAAUUAAUUAUUAAAAUAAAAAUGGAAAAUUUUUCAAGAACAACACUGGAACAAUUUCAUAGUAAAAUUUACAAUGCAGCAUCAGAAUCAUUUUUAAAAAAUUUUCGUAAAUACUCAGAGGCUGGUGAUAGACACCAGAUGAUUGAAUCAAUAAUGAAAAUAGAAAAAACAUCAGAUUUCGAAAUAAGCACACAGUAUAAUGAAAAAGAUAAUGAAAAAGCUGAAAAAUUAUUUAAUGAAUUAGAAAUGAUUGAUGGUAGCACAAGUGAAUUGGUAAUAUUAAAAAAAAUUGAUAUUUUAACAAAAGCAUUAUUUGCUGUUGAUAAAAAUGAUAUGUUAUUUAUUGAAAUACUAACAACAAGAGCAAGAUACUCAUUUAGUAUUGGUUACUAUUCAAAAUGUUCAAAAGAUUGUGAUCAUGUUUUAAUUAAAAUACCAGAAUAUAAUUAUUAUAAUGAUGAAGAUUUAAAUAAAUACAAGGACAUGUGUAUUUUGUUAAAAAAUAAAUGUAAAAAAUUUGCUGGUAAACGUAAAAUAAUAGCUGAAUCAAAUUUAAAGUUACCAAAAAUUGAUGGUAAGAUAAAUAGAAAAUUAAAAAAUUGUUCUGAUGUUGUAUCGUUGAAUUAUAAUAAUGAUCGUGGUCGUCAUUUAAUUGUUACUAAAAAUAUUAAAGCAGGAAGUGUUUUAAUUAUUGAUGAACCAUUUUCAUUUAGUACUGAUGAAACUGCAUUAACAACAAAUUGUAUGCAUUGUCAUGUGUCACUCAAACUCAAUGAAAACAUUUGUUUACCAUGUGAAAAUUGUCAAACAGUAUCAUUUUGUUCUGAAAAAUGUCGUAAAUUAGCAUGGUUAAAUUAUCACAAAUAUGAGUGUCAAAUAUUUAAUAAUUUUCUUGAAAAUCCAGAUGAUUGUAAUAAAGAAAUUAAACAAAGAUCUUACCUAUUACUUGCAUAUCGUACGACAGUUGCAAAAGCAAUAUUAAAAUCAUCAAAUACACUUGAUCCAGAAUUUUUAUUUUAUCAAGAUGCAAAAUCACCAGAAGCAAUAAAAUCACUUAAAAUUAAUAUUGAUAAUGAUAUUUAUGAUCCUCUUGAUUAUAAGACAGUUUAUUCUCUUGAGACACACUGUGAAAAAGCUAAAUUAAAUUUAAAUCUUUCACGUUCAAUAAAAGCACUUUAUCUGGCUAAAUGCCUUGCAUUUGUUCUGUCUGAAAUUCACAGUAAAAUUAAUGAUACUGUUGGACCAAAUGAAAUUAUAUUACUUGGUGUUGGAAUGUUACGACACAUACAAGCUGUUGAUUGUAAUGCUUAUGAAAUUGUUGAAAAUAUUCGCGAUUGUAAUAGUAAAACUUGGGAGCCAAGAAAUGUUGGUGGUGCUAUUUAUACAACAGUUAGUCUUGUCAAUCAUGGAUGUUAUCCAAAUAUUGUGCGUCAUUCCUAUCCUGGAGGAAAAGUCGUGGUGAGAACAUUGAGAUCAAUCGAUAAAGAUACAGAAAUACUUGAUUGUUAUGGACCCCACUUCAUUACCGAUUCAUUUGAACUACGUCAACAGUACUUGACCGAUAAAUAUCACUUCAAAUGUUGUUGUGAAGCAUGCAUCGCUAAAUGGAAAUUUCCAUUACCCGAUGAAAUAACAUUCAGAUGCAAUUUAUGCGGUAAUCCCAUUGAUUCAGUGAGAUCAAAAUGUACCAUAUGUUUACAAAAAAUUGAUUUAAAAAAAAUCAAUACACUGUUUAGUAAGUCAAUGAAAAAAAGAAUUUCUGCAAUUACAAAAAUGUUUGAUGGACAGUAUAAUGAUGGACUUGUAUUACUAUUGGAACAUGCAUUUUUUAUUGAUAAAAAUUUAAUUGCACCAAGUCUUGAAGGAAUCAAAACACAACAGUCAAUUAUACAGUGCUACAAUAGCAUGUCAAAUAUUUCAUAAAUUUUUUUUUUUCUUUUAUAUAUAUUGUAUAUAAAAAAAAAAAUUAAAAUAAUAUUUAUUUAUCUUCAUCAUCAAGAUUUUUUUAUUGUCUUUAAAGUGCAAUUAAAUAACCAAUU